CCUGAGACCACUUCCGCGUUGCUCGCAUAGCAACCACAGGAGAUGGCGGACGGAUAGUCCCCGCGUUCGUUACCGAGUGUUGCUCCCGACACCUGAAGACAGCCGGGAUUAGACACCGCGUCCCCCGGGACGGAGCCGCUCCUCACCCCGCAUGGCGGUCCCGCAGGCCCGGCUGAGCCACCGCCUCCUGGCCGGGCUGGACGUGGCUCUCCGGGUCCCCUGCGUCUUCAUCAUCGACGGCAUCUUUAACUCUUCCUACGACCCCUCCGGCUCGGGCUGGGCCGGCGCGGGAGGCCGGGUCCUACUCCGGAUCCUGGGCGUGCUGGCGGCCUGCGUGGUGCUGCUGCUCUCCCAGAAGGCCCUGUUCAAGUUCUACACGCUCUUCCUGGCGGCGGUGGUGGGCGCGGCCGGCGUGCUCAUCAACUACCACGCCACGGCCCAGCGGGACGUCGUGUACGGCGCCUACCACAAGACGGCGCUGGGCUUCAGGCUCCUCCCCCGCAGCGGCCCCACCCUCUGGCUGGGCGUGGCGGCCGUGCAGAUGGCGCUGGGCGUGGGCUACAUCUUCCUGCUGCGGCUGCAGUCGUCGCUGGCGGCGCUGGUGGUGGCGGCGCUGCUGGCCCCGCUGUGGGGGCUGGUGGUGGAGCUGCCGGGGGACGGGCGCCAGCUGCUGGCCCUGGGCUGCGGCGCGCUGCUGGCGCUGCAGCUGGCGGGCUGCCUGGCCCUGCGGCUGCCCUGGCUCUACUACUCGGGCCGCUACGUCUACCUGCUGCUGCGCCACAUGUACCGCAUCUACGGCCUGCAGCUGCUGCUGGAGGACACCUGGAAGAGGGUCCGGCUGCCCCACGUGCUGCGCCUCUUCUGGCUGAGCCGGCUGGCCGCCCAGGCCCUCAUCCUGCUCUACGUGGUGCAGGCCGCCCGCAGGGAGGACGCCGCCCCGCCCGCCGCGCAGGGGGCGGUGCUUAGCGGAGAGGUGCUCUGGGAGGUCCUCAGUAACCUGGUCAUCUCCGGCUGUGACUCCACCCUCACCGUCCUGGGGAUGAGCGCCGUCAUCUCCUCCCUCGCCCACUACCUGGGCCUCUGCAUCCUGCUGUUCAUAGGCUCCACGGAGGAGGAGGAUAAGCGUCUGGGCUUCGUGGCCCCGGUCCUGUUCUUCAUCCUGGCCCUGCAGACCGGACUCAGCAGCCUGGACCCCGACGAGAGACUGGUGCGUCUGAGCAGGAACAUGUGUCUGCUGCUGACGGCCGUGCUGCACUUCAUCCACGGCAUGACGGAGCCGGUGCUGAUGUCGCUGAGCGCCUCGCACACGCCGUCGCUGCGCCGCCACCUGCCCGUGCUGCUGGUCUCCCUCGCCCUCUUCCUGCUUCCUGUGGUGCUCAGCUACUUCCUGUGGAACCAGUACGCCCUCAACACCUGGCUGUUCGCCGUCACGGCCUUCUGCGUGGAGCUCUGCCUCAAGGUGGUGGUGUCGGUGACGGUGUACGUCCUCUUCAUGGCGGACGGCGUGUCCAGCGUGCUGUGGGAGGGGCUGGACGACUACGUGUACGGCGUGCGCUCGGCCGGCAGCGUGCUGGAGUUCCUGUUUGGCGUGGUGAUGUUCGCCAACGGCGCCUACACCAUGGUGUUCGAGAGCGGCAGCAAGAUCCGCGCGUGCAUGAUGUGCCUCCACGCCUACUUCAACAUCUACCUGCAGGCGCGCAACGGCUGGCGCACCUUCGUGCACCGCCGCUCGGCCGCGCAGAAGAUCAACUCGCUGCCGGAGGCGCGGGGGCGCGCGCUGCGGGAGCUGGGCGACGUGUGCGCCAUCUGCUACCAGGAGUUCAGCGGCGCCGCCCGCGUCACGCCCUGCCGCCACUACUUCCACGCGCCCUGCCUCCGCAAGUGGCUGUACAUCCAGGACUCCUGCCCCAUGUGCCACCAGCGCGUCUACGUGGAGGAGCCCGAGGCCCCGCCCCGCCCCUUCUCCGACCGCGACGCCGCCCCCGCCGCCGCCGCCGCCCUGGGCAGGCCCCGCCCCCCUGGCCCCCCGGCCCCGCCCCCCCCGGGGGAGGAGCCCGGAGGGGGCGGGGCCGAGGAGCCGCAGGAGGAGAUCGGGGACAACGACAGCAUCGAGUACGACGAGGAGGAGUGGGGCGCGAGGAGCGGGGGCGGGGGGGCGCCCCAGGAGGAGCAGUACCUGGACGAGCAGGAGGAGUCGGACUGAGCCCCUCUGCUCCUGCUGAACUCCGAGCUUUGAUUCAGGAAACGUCAGGGAUGUUUGAUUAACUUACUCUCAUCUUAAGGGCUUCGCAGGGUGGGUGUGUGUGUGUGUGCGCGUGCCCGUGCGUGCGUCCGUGCGUGCGUGCGUGCGUGAGAUCCACUCAUCAGUGUUCACUGAGUCCUGCUUGUGACUGGGAGGGGAGCGAUAAAUAGAAUAUAUCAUGGUUGGGCAAUACAGACGGUACAAUCUGUAAAACGCUAACUUGCUACCAAAAACUGAAAGCACCUACUGUUCAGAAUAAGACUUUUAUUUUUAUUUAAUUAUUUGUAUAUAUAGCGCAGUUGUUUUCUACCGCGUUCCCUUCCUAAAAGGGAAGGGUCUCUUAUUUUGAAAGGAUCAGCGAGCGCAGCGGAAGUAUUACGGUAGUAUUACGUUCUACAAUAUGUCCAUGGUUAUUCCAAGCGUUGAUUUGAGAAGCGUUAGCUUGGCUCGCUGAAGGGUGUGGAUGAGGUUGAAUGAGUGUACACUAAGGUAUGGAGCCUUUUCUUCUUUGGAGGUGAAAGCUUUCACCGCACCUUUUUGUUUAAAGAGAUUUAUGUAAAUAAAAUCAUCUUUGAUAUUUG